AAGAUAUUUUGUCAAUAGAUGGCGCUAGUAGGCCUGAGCCUGACCGGUCGUGUAGACAGACGAUUUUUUUAACAUAAUUUUUGACACUUGGGGUAGUAUUUUGGCCUCCUGUUGUGACGGUCUGCGCGAAAAAUGACCUGAAACGAGACAGAUUUUCGACAAAAUAAGCAUGCCACGGAUAACUACUGGAAGUAGUGGUGUGACACGGGGUGCUGUUGGUACUUCAGGGAACUCUAUGAAUUGGAAGGAAGUUCAUCAACGUGUUCGAGAGCUGAGAAGAACUUUUCUGCAUUUGUCUGUUAAAACACCCACAGAUGUUACCUUCCGGCGUCUUGGCCCCACAUUGCUAAGAUGCUAUUUCCUUUUGUCCCCUGGUCAAGGCAGGGAAUCCACACUAUUUUAUGCAGAUAUCAAUAUAAAGACGACAUGGGGUAACCGCAUAGUUUAUCAAGAAGUUCUAGAUUCAGGACAUUCUUUCUUAUGGCGGCGGACGUCCAGAGAAGAGCAGCUCUUAAGUGAACGACGACGUAUCUCAACAUGGGGUAUUACAAAUUAUGAGUUACACCCUUCAUCUGGUACUCUAGUCUUCCCUGCAUCUUCAACCAUAUUUCAGUGUGUGCAUCCAGAACAACCAAUGGGUGCUGUUAGUCCAAAGGAGCUAGUGAGUUGUCAGGUGCGCCUCAACCCUCAGAUCUGUCCUGCUAAUCCAAACCUAAUUGCCUUUGCUGCUCAGUACGAUAUAUAUCUUUAUAAUACAAAAACAGGGGAAGAGAAGAGGGUCACACAUGUUCAUAGUGGUAGUGGCAGAUUAGAAUACGACCCUAAAAGUGCAGGAAUGCCUUCUUAUGUUAUGCAAGAAGAGUUUUCCCGUUAUCAGGGAUAUUGGUGGCAGCCUAUCUCUACAGAUGGUGUGUACCGUUUACUUUAUGAAGAAGUUGAUGAAAGUGAAGUUCCUAUUGUACAGUUUAUUCUCCCAGAGGAUUCAACCGGAAUGCUAGAUGAAUUUAGAUUUCCUCGUGCUGGUAUGGCUAAUGCAGAAUCAACGUUAAGACUUUUAGAAGUAGAGAUAGGCCCUGCUGAAGAAUUACGUGUAACCACUAGGCAUCUUCGUCAUGAUUUAAAACAAUUAGCUCCAUGGUACGAGUAUUUAGUUCGUGUUGGUUGGACUCCAGAUGGUAAACAAAUAUGGUGUCAAAUGCUGGAUCGUCGACAGCAACGUUUAGAGUUAAUUCUAUUGUCCUUGUCAUCUUUUACUGGUCAGAAGAGUCCUGCUUCUCCUUCUUCCCCUUCAUCUCUUUUAUAUGCUCCCCACAUAAUUAUCUCUCAGCAUUCAAACACCUGGAUAGAUGUACAUAAUUUAUUAUAUUGGUGGCGUAAUCACAGUGACCCUUCUCAGAGAAUGCUUGUAUGGGCUAGUGAAGAGACAGGCCAUCGCCAUCUCUACCUAAUUUUAACACAGUUGCAGCCUCCAACCUCAUCAGAAGACCAGCCAUCCCAUGAAGACCAAAGUCUUGUGUCGGCACAGUUAGUUCAAAAAAUUGCACUCACCAGUGGCGAAUGGUCUGUGACUGGUAAUGGCCUAUGGGUAGAUGAAGAAAGAGGCUUAGUAUAUUUUAGCGGUUUAAAAGACUCUCCUCUUGAGCAGCAUUUGUAUGUUACAUCUAUAUCAAAUCCUGGGAUCAUCCAGCGAUUAACAGACCUGGGUUCUUCACACCAGGUUGCUCUUAAUGAGGAUUGUAGUGUAUUUACCAGUGUCUAUAGCAGUGUAGAUAGCCCGUCCCAGAGUAAAGUGUGGAGAAUUAUACCCCUCGAUGCCCCCAACAGUAGUGGUCACUUAGUUUGGGUCUCUGAAUUAGGAGAUCUUGUUAACGAAACUUUAUCCGAAGGUUUGAGAGAAAUCAAGCCCUUAGUUGUACCUGAAGUAUUUACUACGAGAAUAAAUAGCGGCGAUGUUAUUUAUUCAAUGGUUUUUAAGCCCCACAAUUUCACACAGGGCAGAAAAUACCCAACAGUACUUAGUAUAUAUGGUGGACCUCAAGUCCAAUUAGUUACAAAUACUUUUAAGGGUUUUAGACACAUGCGAACACACAUGCUUGCUGCGCAUGGAUUUUGUGUUGUUUGUAUAGAUUCACGGGGCUCAGAUAAUCGUGGAAUGGGGUUCCAAGCUCACCUUAUGAAUAGGAUGGGUACUGUGGAAGUUGGUGAUCAGGUUGAGGUCUUACAACUGCUGGCUGGCCAGUGUGAUUACAUAGACCUGACACGUUUAGCGGUGACUGGGUGGUCGUAUGGUGGUUACUUGUCACUCAUGGCAUUAGCGCAGAGACCUGAUAUAUUCAAAUUAGCAAUAGCCGGAGCUCCAGUCGUUUCCUGGGAUUUGUAUGAUACAGGUUACACUGAGCGCUAUAUGGAUUUACCAACGGUCAAUCCUGAAGGUUACUGCAACGGAUCCGUCCUUGGUUACGUAAACAACUUCCCUGAUGAAGAAAAUAGACUGCUCAUCGUUCAAGGGAUGAUUGACGAAAAUGUCCACUUUCUACAUACUAAUCAGCUUAUCCAAGCCUUAAUAAAGGCUGGUAAGCCAUAUCAACUCCAGAUAUACCCUCAUGAGCGACACUGUUUACGGCAGAUGGACUCCAAUGAGCACUAUGAGACUAAGCUGCUGUCUUUUCUCUUGAAUUACCUAUGAUGGAGAUGGAACUUAGUCCCAGAAAUCCCAGUGUUGUGGUAUAUUAGUCUCACAGCCACCAUGGUUUGCUGAUGGUUGUUUUGAUGUUCAUGAAAUGUGUUGUUAGUGCUUUUAUGCUUUUUAUAGAGACAGCUAAUUCAAGUGGUGAUGAAUAAACAAAACUGAUGUGACUGAACUGGUGCAUAGCUGGUGAAGGAAUAAUAAUAAUGAUGAUGGUAUGCCUUUGGAACCUAUUGGCAGUGGCAUUGAAUACAGUAAGGUUUGUGCUAUCAAUUUUAAGAUGAAUGCUGAAUUGUGCAUAUGAUUUUAGAAAAAAAAAAAAUAAACGUUCCCCAAGAGUCAUUGAGCUUCUUCGAACUCCUCAGAUGUGCUUUAAGUGAUGUGAACUUAUUUGUUGAUAUAAUUCUUAGUUGAGCAUGGAGUCGAACGGAUGUGAUAGAUAAAUAUAUUAUCGGUUAUGUUAAGAUACGGUGAAUUAAGUCAAGUGUAGAUAAGUAGGUCUGGUGAAUAUUUCAUCAUUAUUAAGAUCUAGUUGAAUAAUUUUAGUGUCCUUUGUUAUGUCGGUUAUCCCUUCUCAGACUAUUUUUACAUGUUGAUGAUAUAAGACAUCAGCAAUAUGGUGAUGUUUUUUAUACUGAGAUCUGAUUUUGAAGUUGUUUUGUUGGUGGUGAACUAAAAUAGCAGCACAUUGACAGCGAAUAUGUAAAAAAAAGUUUUGUUGUUUCUGCAUAGUGUAGUAUAAUGCAUUCUGUCUGGUUUUGUGUGUGUGUGUGUGUGUGUGUGUGAGAGAGAGAGAGAGAGAGAGAGAGAGAGAGAGAGAGAGAGAGAGAGAGAGAGAGAGAGAGAGAGAGAGAGAGAGAGAGAGAUUAGGUUCAGUCCAGUAUCAUUGUUGCAGUCAUGACAUCCACAUUUGGUUAGUGACUGUAAAUAAUAAAAAGGUAGCUCUCAUUAGCAUAGGCAUGCACAGAUCAGUGCUUGAUAAAUUGCCUUUUUAAUACUAAUGCAGCUUAAUGACAAAAAUAAUUUUCUUGAAGACUAAACAUUGGGUGCAUACACCUGUGUCCUUGCAAGCAGUUAACGUAAAUUCACUUAAAUGGUAACGCUUUAACCUUUUUAUCACGCUAAUGCUUUGACCUAGCACACAAGAACAGUUUUGUUCUUAUCUGUAUGUAUAAUCAAUGUUAGGAGUGUCCCUUUGUAAGAUUCCAAAGAUGCAGAGGAACCAUAACCUAGAAAACUUGGAGAAGGCUAUAUGGUAUUUGGCUAUUGAAAUUUUCAUGAUGUACCUACAAUGUACAGUACUACAGUAUUGACAUUUAUUAUUAGUAUUCACUAGUUUGAGAGUAGUUUCCAUGAAUUUUGUAAUGACUUUGCUCUAUCUUUCAUUUAUUUUUGUUUUGUACUAAUGAGCUGCUGUAAAGUAGAUAAGGUUUUCUAACAGGUAUUAUACAGUAUGGGGCGAAUUUGAAUUUAACUAAGGUACUGAAUUGAAUCUGAAUACUUGAUUCAUUUGUAGUACUAUUUUUGGUAAGGGUAUUUUAAAUGUAAAACUGCUCUAAAUUGUAGAAAAUGUUUGUCCCUAAAUUAGAUAGCCCUUUGGAAAAUCAUUUGUGUCUUGGAACAAGUCUUGUUUAUUAGUUGUAAUUCUAUAAUGGGAAAGAAUUUUUUCACUAUCAAGUAUGUGUAUUAUAUUUUGCUCCUUGUAACUGUAUAGGUAGAUUGAGUAUACUCAUGCUGAAUGCACUUGAUUGUGUAGUCUAAAUUCAAGUGAUGUGAUGCUGUGACAAUGUCAGAUGGUUUUUAAAAUUUUAUUUUAGAAGUAACCACUGUGAUUUCUGGUUACCUAGAAUUCACUGUUGAUUUAUUUUAUUUUGAUUUUGAAACUUUUCUGUAAGGUUUUAGUUCUGCUGAAAGUCAGUUGUUUGUGUUUUUUUUUUUUGCAAUAUUGAUGGAAUCCAGUAUAAUUCCUACACUAGUUAUGGUAGAUAUCAACCUUUCAAAAAGGUUUUUCAAUUUUCCCAAUUUGUUUCUCCUGAAGUUUACUUUUUUAAUCAUAAUUGUGGUGCUUAGCCAUUUCAUUUUUAACUGUGUUCAGUAUUUGUUCACUGAGUUGAUUUUUCCUCCUAUGAUAUGAAGACCAGUGUGGUCAGCCAUAUUUAUAUUGAUAGUGGAAUUUUUUUUUUCAAUGGUAAUCUAUUUUUGGGGCAAAGUGUAUUAUUAUUGAUGUGUUGUACGCUAUACCUGUAGCUACUCAAAUGGCUCAGAUAUCAGGGAUGAAGACUCAGGCAUAGUUGGUAUGAUUUUAGUUUUUGCCAUUUAUUGUAAGUGCAAAUGUACAAAUUGGGAACUUGCAUUAGGCAUAUUCAUGUAUCCAGUAUUUGUUCACCAUUUUGUACAUAAUUGUGUGAAUGUCAUUGUUUUAUACUCUGUAAAUUUAUGAUUUUGGCAUCAUAUUAAACAAUGCUCCUGUUGGUCCAAGCACUUGGCCAUUUCAAGAUUGGCUUCAAAACAUUGUGGUAUUUUGUGUAAUAAAAUUAAUACAAUGACUCUGUAAAACCACUAGAUUUGUAAAGUCAUUUAUAUUCUCCUAAUGCUGUAAUCUCAUGAGCAUUUUACAGGAUAUUUCCAAUUUAUCAAUGAAUAACUACAUUUUGGGAUUGAAGGUCAGUUUGUCAGGGUUCAGCUUACAGCAUAGUAUGAGUGGAGUGUUACAGUAAGCCCUAUAUUCGUGAAGUAAUCUGAUGUCUUGGAUAGUUAUCUUGGCUUAUUUUUCCUGUUUUUGUUCAGUUAUACUAACUCCAAAGUCCUUAAAAUCUUGCAAUCCAUCACUUAGUCUCAGAGCUUUAAGAUUAGCCAUACACUUGUGGUCCCUAAAUAGUCAUUGUCGUUCAAUUAAUGAUGCCGCAGAAUUAUCGAUGUAUUAGUCUUAUGAUGAUAAUUAUUGGUUUAAUCACACUUUAUAGAUAUAUACUUUAUAUAUACCAUAUUUUUUGUUUGUAAAUAUUUUUAAAACUGCAGUGAGAUGAAGAAAACUGAGCAUGAAAACAUAUGUGAAAGAAAACCAUUUCUUCAGAAGUCAAUAAAAGCCUUAUAAAUGCUUAAGUGAUAGAAGUAAGACUAGGAAUUAAAUAGCUUAUUGUGCAAUUGUCAUUUGACUCCUUUUGUUUUUGGAAGAUAGCAAAAUUUUCAUGUAUCAAAUUUGCUACUGAAAUUUAACCUGUACUUUUGAGGUUAAGCAGUAAAUACUAGUGACAAGUUAAUCUUCACGCAUUAUACUAGUACUGUGCUUCAAGACAGAAGUGAAUGUAAAAUUUGAGGGUAUGUCUGAUAGUGAUUCAUUUGGAAAGUAAGUUAAAGGAAGGCCAUCUAAUUCUUACUUUGUGUGAAUGAUAGAAUUGCCUGUUGACUUUCAUUUUUAAUCUGCAGGGUAUGUAAUGUGAGUGGCCUUUAUCUAUGAUGAGUACAAUCUACCAUUAGAAAAUAAUGUAGCAUUGGACCUUACACUUUCAUCAUUUACUUUUCUAAAAAUAUGACUGUAACUCACCUAAGAAAGUUAAAACUGUUAUUAACAGGUGUAUCAAGAACUGUGAAAUAGCAGGGCAAGGUAUGUGUGUAUGUUUUGUGAGCUAGUCCAGUAGUAUAUGUAUAUAUUAGUGGGGCCAUGUGGGAAGCCCUUCUUACCAUUUUAUAUGGCAAGAUUGAAAUUGUAAUUACUAGGCUGCACAAAACUAAUUGCUAAGUUAGGUGUUUUGUUGAAAAGUUUUGCCAUUAUUAAGGGACAUAUCCUUCAUUCAAUUUUGUUUUAACAGUACAUAAUCUGUUUUGAAGCAGGUAAAAUCCAUUUAGUAAUUUAUAUUGGUAUAUUCAAGUGCUGAUCAGUGUUAUACCUUUUCACUAGUAAUGCAAGAUUUCAUUUUCUAUGCAAAAUAAUUUAUAAAUUACUAAUAUGCAAGAUGCUUUUUUUAUCUGUAAGUUCCAUUAUAUUUUCCAGAUAAAUUUAGAAGAAACUUUUGUACUAAUUGAUGAAUAAUAUGUAUUAGGAAGCUGUUAAGUUAGAUAUUCUGUUUAUGAUGUUAUGCUUUUGACACAUUUCCAUAUUUUUGUCAGAUAUGGUGAUUUUUUUUUAUCAUACUUCAAAUGGCAAGGGUUUUACCUUUAUUCCAAGUUUGAGAUUUACUUUAUCGAUUUAUUUUAAAGUAAUGUUUAGUAAAUGGAAAAAAUGUUGAAGGUUUUAUCUUCAUUCUUUAUUCAAAUUUGUUGUGUUAUUGGCUUAAAAUGUAUGUCCUGUUGUUAUUUGCAGACACUUCAAAUUUGCUGUAUUUUUGCUUAAAAUGUAUGUCUGUUGUUUUUGGAGGUGUCUGAACAAGACUGUAACACCUUAUUAUUUCCUAUUUUACAGUGUAUAGCAUCAAUUUUUAAAAGAAAUUAACUUGCUCAAGACCUUUUUAUUAUCUUUGUGCCUCUGACGUUGUCAUCACCAUCAUUUAUUACUGUAUUUAGUAUCCCGUGACAAUCUUACUUUCUCGCCUGUGUUAGAACAAGUUACUACAGUAUGGUUAAUACCAUUGAAAACUUUAGUUUAUAACCUUUUCAGAACUUCUUUAUAUUAGUCAGUUUAUUCCUUGUGUGUAUGUUGUGUAUGUUAAAUUCUUUGUUUUGCAUUAAAGAUUUAGGUUUAUACCAGUAAGGUCUGUCUGUAAUUGAUGUAUCACUAAUGUCUUUACCAAUCUUUGAUAAUUUACUUUAACUUGGAGGUUAAACAUUUCACCAUGCAGAUAUAUUUGUUAGGGUAUGAGCCACAUUUUGCAGGAACAACAAAACAUAUGGAUUAGUAUUCAGCUUUUCAUCAGACUCGGUUCUUAUGUUUUUUUGCAAUUCUAUGAAAAAGGUUUAUGUAUUGAAAAAUAUAAUUGAGACUAGUAGAUGAAUUUUUUAAAAUUAAAACUGUCAGGAAAUUAAGGCUUAUGUAUGAAAAAUACAGGUUUGAGUUCUCUGUUGAUUUUGUAAUUCUUUGGAAAUGUUGUGCAUUGAUUGAACUAACAACACUUUUUAAUUGUUUAUUCAAUGAGAGGACAUUUUACCAUGUAUAUUUAUAUACUGAUAUUGUAAAAUUCACAGUUAUUUUGUGAUAGUCACUUUUGCUGAUGAUCUCAUUGCAUUGAGUUUCAUUUUUAUUAAUUUCAGUCUUCUUGCCAUGACUUUCCUUUCUUUUUUAAAACUAAAUUUCCAUGAAAAAGUUUGACACAAGUCGCACUUGUUAAAUUUUGUGGAACUUUAUUAUUAAAGUUUUGCUUGAAAAUCAUUGAA